AUGUCCAUGUUGUCAUCGGCGCCAUCAUCACCACCGGAAUCACUCGCUAGGCCCCAAGAAAAAGAAGAGCUCUUAAGCCAUGUGUUGAAGUACCAUAACCAAACUAAACACUCCUUCACCAACUAUGCCCAUGGCCCCCAUGGUCUUGACUGGGCUAACCAACCCAAUCCCUUCCGCCACUACGUAACCGCCCCGCUCCUGUCCCUUCUCCACCCCGAAAAUGACCAGAAUUGCCCCCCCUAUUUCGUCGUCUUCAAUUCUCUCCCAUCUCUAGAACCUAUUUCUAAAACCACAAUUUCUCAAUUUUUCUACAAUUCCCUGGCUUUAUCUGCGUGGAAAAGUACUGGCUUUUCCACUUGGUCGUUACGUGUAAACCCAAGCAGUGGAAAUCUUCAUCCUACAGAGGCAUAUAUCAUUUCGCCUCCUGUAGAUUCCUUAUCGAAACACGCUUUUGUCGCACACUAUGCGCCAAAAGAGCACGCGUUGGAAUUAAGAGCGCAAAUCCCAUCCGACUUUUUCAAGAGAUUCUUCCCCGAUAAUUCUUUUCUGAUCGGAUUUUCCUCAAUUUUUUGGCGGGAAGCUUGGAAGUACGGCGAAAGGGCCUUUAGGUAUUGUAAUUCAUAUUUUCCGAUGAUUCCCAACUCAGUCUUCAAAAAUAUAUUCGUCGGAUAUGAUGGGGAACAUCCCGAGGAUUUGGAAAAUAUCCUCGACUUCUCUCCUAAUCAUACCAUGACGUCGGGCAUUUGA